CAAUCUUUUAGUUAUAUCUGAUUUAUUGCAUUCCUGCAAUGUGAAUAUAACGAUCUCAUGGUUAGCACUGGUCACCAUAAUCUCGAGUCCAUCUCGUUUCUCUAAUGGUUUGUUGACCAUAUUAGCAGUAAAAUUUCCACCUGCAGAUUCUUUCAAUUCUUGAAUAGGAACAUAUUGACUUUGGGAAUGGGAAGAGUCAAAAUUUUGAAAUAAUUAUUAUAUUGUAUAUUGGUUCUAGAUGAUGAGGAAGGGGGGAGGGCUUGGUUUGGAUCAGAAACGUAAUGACACGGGUCAGAUUGUCAAACUUGUUUUCGAUGGUUUUAUGCAACAAAUUGCAUCCGAAUGAUCCCUACAUAUAGAAAUACCAAAUAUUAGCACAAAUAAUCAAAUUAAACUUCUCAAAUCAUCGAGACAUGAGCAAAAUGUGAGGCAAUAUAUGUAAAAAUAAGCAUACUUUAAGCCAAACAUUACAUAUGAUGCUACGUGCUCAAAUAAAUUAGAUCAUACUUUGAUAUGACUAAUAUUCUUUAAUAAUAUUCGCGCAUGGUUCGUGCACUAAUACUAGUAGUCAUGAGUAGUGGGAUUGGGAGAUUAUUUACAUCAUGGGUAAAAAUAGGGGUAGUAGUGGUCGUCCACAUUUACUUAUAGUUCUACAUCAUGACUUUAUUUUUAGCAUCAAUCUGUUUUUGUGGUUAACUUGUGGGAUGUGACGAUAUCAGAGUUUUAGAGUUUUAUAUAUAUGUGUGUAUAGUGUGUGUAUGUGUGUAUAUGUAUAUAUAUGUAUGGCGAGCAAUGAAGUCAUUCUUUUUGCGCUUAUUCUGCAAAUACCUCUAAAAAUUGUUGGAAGGGAAAUACUGUGUCCAACAAAUAAUUAAAGGAAAAAAAAAAACAAGAUCUCAAACCUCGUAUAUUCCUAAAAGUAAAACGGCUGCUUUAUGCCAUUGCAUGAUGCAAUAAAACACUUUUAGAUAUAUGAACCUCCUUCCUGAUCCUAACCAUCUUCGUCUUUUUCUUUUUUGUGAUUCUUCGUUUCGUCUUUCUCUUUUUUGUGAUUCUUCGUUUUCUUACCGCUAUCAUUUCUCUUUCCAACACGGGGGAUUCAAGACAAGGACCUGAAGUUGCAGCUUUGAGUUCCACUACACAUCUUACGUAUAUAUAACAUAAAGGCAACUUGACAUCAUCGAUAUACCUAUGAUAAAACAUUAGCCAUAAGGCAGUCUGUUGGAUCCUGACAUCUCCUUCUUUAACGAAGAAGGAGAAGAAGCGAGCCACUUGCUAAUCUGUCAGGAUUCAGCUGGAGGAAUUACAAGAAAGACAAUGUUGAGAAACCGGCGGCAAAAUGGGUCAGGCUCUCCAAGAUCUACAGCGUCGAGUCCAACAGGUUCGCCGAGAAUAAUAGUAACUCGAAGCAUAGGUGGUUCCCCUAGAACCGAGGUGGGAGAGAUUGAUACGAGAUCACCUUUCCAAUCUGUCAGAGCUGCUGUUAGUUUGUUUGGCGAAGCUGGUACAGGUUCCUCCCCCAAGGCUAAGCCUCUUACCUUUAAGAAAUCAAAAACCGCUGAAGAGAAGGAGAGUCAGCUUAACUUGGCCCUCAGAGAACUUGAUAACCUCAAACAACAGAUAAGAAGCACAGAAACUACCAAAGGUCAUGCUCUCCGUGAGCUGGAAAAUGCCAAGACAACUCUGCAGGAACUCACAGGCCAGCUCGAAACGUUAUGCAAAUCAAAGCAAGCAGCCAUUGAGGCAACCGAAGCUGCAAAGGCACGAGCCAGACAACUCCAAGAUGAGAAAUCCAACAGUGAGCUAGAUGAGCAUCGAUAUCUGCUUGUUGCAAAUAAAGAAGAAUCUCCUCUUAGAACAGCUAAGGAGGAAGCAGAGAAGAAAAUCAGGGACGAAAAUCUAGUGGAGAAGCUCGAGGAAACUAAUAAGGCGAUUGAAAGCUUGCAAGAACAACUCAACAAUGUCCGUGCCUUGGAUUUGGAUUCUUUUGCCAAAACAAGUUCAGAGCUUGAUCGUACUAAAAAGGCAUUUCAAGAGAUAGUAGACGAAGAAAGGUCGUUCAGAAGCCUGGUGGAUUCCCUUCAAGCAGAAUUAGAUUGCUUCAAGGGCCAUAACUCUCAACUUAAAAAGAAGGCAGAUGAAGCAGAAGCCCUUGCUGAGAACUUGCGGUUAGAUCUUGAUAACAGCAAGAAAGAGCUUGAAGCGAAAACGCCAAAGGGAGACAUCCAACAGUUUACUUCCGAGGCUGUUCAUUUUCUACAGGAAGCAGAAGAGAUGAAGAAGAAGGCGGAAUUACUCAGACAAGAAGCUGUAACAGCUCGAGCUGAAGCCAAGGAAGCAGAGGAAAGACUGAAAGUUACAGCUGCAGAGACACUCGCAAGUGAUCAGAUUCACAAUUCAUCCAUAACAGAAGACGCUUCUGAUCUGAUAAGCCCAGAGUCUAACAGAAUAAUCAAAUUGGCAGUUGAGAAAUACGAAGCUUUAAGCAAAAAGGUGGAAGAAAUCAGAAAUGAGGCUGACAUAAAGGUUGCAACUGCCAUGGCUCAAGUAGAGACCAUUACUGCCAAUGAAAAGGAAGCACUCGUGAAAGUGGAGGCAGGUCUGAAAGAGAAGCGGGACAUAGAAGUUGCAAUCAAGGAAGCUUUAAAGGCAGCAGAGAUGGCUGAGGCAGCCAAAAAGGUCGUUGAGGGACAACUGAAGAAAAAAACCUCAAAAGCAAUAAGAUCACGUAGCUGGAGAAUCUUCUAAUAGAAAAGAAGUGACAGUUUUGUGAUCAUCCAUGCACAAUAUGAGAACCAGAAUUCAAGUUGAGAACCUUUCUUUUUGGAUAAACAAGUCUAAGAUUUUAUUAAUAUGGCAAAAGGCGCACCGACUGAUUGCUUGUACAUAACUGAGAGAUACAAAAAGCAAAUUUCCUAUCCUCCCAUAUGGGACAUUUGUUUUGUUUAUGCUGCAUUUCUGUUACUUUAACCAAUUUGUUUGCUCUGAAACUAUGUAUAAAAUGUCUUUAAAGCAGCGUUCUAUUCCUUUUGCUUCA